UACGGGUAUCUGCCUCGGCGAGAGUGGGCAGAGGCGGGAAAUGGCGACCGGGAACACAACGAAGUGUCAUUCUUGAGCGCUCCCGAGCAGCCACGCUGAGAAACCGGAGCGGACCGCGGGACGCAUCCGCUGCCCAUGUUUGUGGCGGUCGGCGGGGCGGGAAUCCUCCUCCUCGGGUCGGGCACGCGGCGGAUCGCCGUGAAGUAAGGCGCCGGCUAAGCGUUUCUCCCGGCGGCGGCGGCGGCGGCGGGCGCUUCGUCUUCGGCUUGCGGGUGAUGUAACACCGGCCAAGGCCUUACAUGUGACUGCUAAAACAAUGAGGCUGAGAAUGCGCAAAGCGUCUCAGCAACCCAACCCCAGCCUGGCAGCCCGCCCAUCCCGGACCAAGAGAAGGCAUUCAGAGGUAGAAGAGGACACUCCUACUAGCGGUGGAAGAGGCUUAAUCUCUACCAUUAAGAAGUUCAUCCGAGGAAGUGCUGUCAAGGUGCAACAUGAGACCCCAGCCAAGAAGACACGCCUCCAUUGUGACGUGGACAACAACCUGAUCACCUCCUCACCCCCGGGCACCAACAACCCCCGCAAAACUAUCACCAGGGUCAGCAGGAGAGGUUCUGUCAAUGGACAGGCAACCAACCAUGACAGGAGUAAGAAGAAGCCAAACGGGAGUUUGGAGGAGACGACAGCUGUUGAGGUUGCCACCAGCCCCCCAAGGACCACCCUGUUGGGGACCAUCUUCUCCCCAGUCUUCAACUUCUUCUCACCAGCUAAAAAUGCCUCAUCUGGCUCAGACUCUCCAGACCAGGCACUGGAGGCAGAGGAAAUUGUCAAGCAGCUUGAUAUGGAGCAGGUUGGGGAGACGCCCACCAGCACAGCCACGUCCGCGCAGGAGCUGUGCACCUCCACAGCCACCACCAACCUAUACUCUAGUGCACCCGCGCCUCCCCUGCUGCGGCCUCCGCUCAUACCUGAGGCGCUCCCUUCAGCUGAGGAGGGAGAACUAGAUGCUGAUGCUGACCUACCACCACUCACAGCUCCGGGCUCCAGUCCAGAUACAACCUACGUUGACACUCCUCCCACAACAGUACCAGCAGAGACCUCCUAUGAGGAAGACUGGGAAGUCUUUGACCCGUAUUUCUUUAUCAAGCAUGUCCCUCCACUGACGGAGGAGCAGCUCACUCGGAAGCCGGCUCUGCCACUGAAGACGCGAAGCACACCUGAAUUCUCUCUGGUUCUAGACCUGGACGAAACAUUGGUACACUGCAGUUUAAAUGAGCUGGAGGAUGCAGCACUUACCUUCCCUGUCCUCUUUCAGGAUGUCAUUUACCAGGUGUAUGUGCGCCUCAGGCCGUUCUUCAGAGAGUUCCUUGAACGCAUGUCACAGAUCUAUGAGAUCAUCCUCUUCACGGCCUCUAAAAAAGUGUACGCAGACAAACUGCUGAACAUUUUGGACCCGAAGAAACAGCUAGUGAGACACAGGUUGUUCCGGGAGCACUGCGUCUGUGUACAGGGAAAUUACAUCAAGGACCUCAACAUCUUAGGCAGAGACCUCUCCAAGACCAUCAUCAUUGACAAUUCACCACAAGCCUUUGCAUAUCAGCUUUCCAAUGGAAUUCCCAUAGAGAGCUGGUUUAUGGACAAGAAUGACAAUGAGCUUCUAAAGCUGGUCCCUUUCCUGGAGAAGUUAGUUGAGAUGAAUGAAGAUGUGCGUCCGCAUGUUCGAGAGCGGUUCCGCCUGCACGACCUGUUGCCGCCCGACUGAACUCUGACACAAACUGUCAUUACGGGACGACAACCAGGAGGAGGGGAAAAAAACACAAAAAAAAAAAAAAAAAAAACAGACUGCAAGCAACCGACAUGUAAAAAGUCCCUUUUCAAAUUACAAACUACAACCUUGCCAUUACUGUUAAGAUUUUAGCCUUCCCGCCUCCCCCCUCCUUUUUUAAAAACCUACAAUUGCAUUUAAAAACUAUGAAAAUGGAAGAAAAAAAAAUUGAAGAUCUGGGAGAAAUUUUCUAUAUAGAUAAAACACACAAGGAUGAAACCCCAUCUUACGGAGGACAAGCCCAGGUAGACUCCUCCUUUCUGACCGACUUGUCCUCGCGUGCUCGCCGUUGGCUCCCGUCACCGUUGUUAACGUCGAUAAGAGGUCUUGGUGCUGUCUUGAGUGGAUUUGAAGAUGCCACCGGGUGAAGAGGAUCUCCAGCCCCGCCUCGUCCCCAGAACCCACAAAACCCAAACCAGCCCCUGGUGCUCGUUCUGUGGCGACUGACUGAUGACGACACUCUCCGGCUACAGACCAGUUUCAACAGGAACGACUGGCCUGGCGGAUGAAUCAUGUGCGUGUGUGUGCGUGUGUGUGUGUGUGUGUUUUAUGUUUAUCCUCCUCUACCCGGGUUUGUCUGUGUCAAACUCUUAACCUGUAGCCUAUGAAUCUCAUUAUGCAUUCCUCCGUAGCUGGAUUGUGUUUUUAUUGCUGGGCCGAUGUGUUUUUGCGGUAAACCUUUUUUUUUCUCUUCCCAACCUUAACGUUUCAAGUGUUAUUUUACAUUUUGUUGGUUUGUUUGUAAGAUGUGACGUCGAAAAGGGGUCAAUUGAAUUUUAUCCUAUGCCUUUUGCUCUGUUGGACAAGGUGUGUGUG